UGGUUUGCAGCUCAAGUCGUCGAGUUUAUUGCUAUCUUUUUACUGAAUGCUUUCACUCUCGCCACCUACAUACGAAACCGCCACUUACGCAAGCGCAGUACGUACCUGAUUUUAAAUCUGACUGUGGCCGAUUUACUGGUGGCAACAUUGGCUGGACCUUCUUUUAUAUCGGAAGAAGACAACCUGAAGCCGGUGAAUGGUCUUGAACAAGAUUUAAGUUGGCAAUCAUUUAUGUUUUUAACAUCACAGGAGCUUUCUUUAGUUGCUUCAUUAGCUAAUAUUUCAUUGAUCUCGUUAGAGAGGUUACACGCAACACUUUUCCCCUAUAGGCAUUGUCUUGUUGGAACAAGGGUUUACCUCGCCACUAUUUUUUGUAGCUGGUUGUUCUCCUUGACUUUGUCAUCUGUCAUUUCUCUUCUUACUUUCCGCGCUUCGUCGGCUUCUUUUCUGUAUGUCAUGGCAUCUUACAUUUUUCUAUCCCUUCUUAUUCUCACAGUUUCAUAUUCUAUAAUCAUCUCAACUGUCAAAAACAACCCUCACACACCUAAUGCUGGAACAGCACUUUCAAAAGAAAGGAAACUAACGGUGACCUUAUUUACAGUUACUGUUGUCUCUUUUCUGUCCAUUCUUCCUUGGGCUAUUUGGACUGUUGUCCCCCAACGCAUAUGGAGUAAAUUAUGCCCUGCAGUAGUUUCCCACAUCGAUUACUCGGUUGACUUACUCUGUCUUUUCAAUUCUAUAGUCAAUCCCCUAAUAUAUGCAGUAAGAAUGCAAGAAUUUAGGAGAGCAGCCAGAAAACUUUUUUGUACUAAGACAUCAGAACUAGCUCGAGUCCAACCCAUGGAACCUCUUACAUUGUAUGUACGUACUCAAGCAAUACCUGUUGAAGAACGAACAUAAGAAAUGGAAGAUUUCCUUAGAAAAGCGCUAACAAGAUUGUGGAGGUCUUCUUGCUUAGAUAUAUGUUGUAAUCUUUAUUAAUCAGUGUAACAAAGAUAUGAGUGGUGAAAUAAUAACAAAUGAAAUAAAAUAAAGUAAUAGUUAAGAAAUAGAACGCAAACUGCGGUGGUAAACAUUGUUAGAGUAACAUACAACUUCAGGAGGAAUUAUAUUGGCUGCAACGCUUGCAUUUCCUUACACAUGUGCAUCUAAAUAAAUGAUUCCUUGCCAUUCCAGUCAUCUCUGUCUCUUUGAUGUACAGUGUAACCCCGCUCUACGGACACCCGUCUACAAAGGACAGUUUAGUUUGUCCCGAGCGAAAAAAAGCUCAGCAACAUAUAUUUUAUGAAAUUACCCUGAUUUUUAAAAUCCGGACAUCCGCUUAAUUUGGACACUAAAACAUGGCCCGUGGGUGUUCGUAUUGACCGGCCGGCUCCAUUGUAAUUAUUUCAAAUGUCAAAAAAAAUCUUUAUUUCAGUGCGAUGGUUUACCCUUUUUCAGCCAAUGAUCUCGUCAUUUAAGAGGGAAUUUGAAUGAAAACGAUGCGAUGGUGAAUAACAAGUUGUUUUAAAGGCGCAAAAUUGUGGUAAAAGAAAGUAAUGUCGCACGCCAAAAUCUCACUAGGUUUUAGUUUGAUAGGAAUGAUGUACCCUGCUCAGAGGUCGUUCAAUUCCACAUUCUUAACUUCCGCUUGAUUGGGCUGUAGCGCCAACAUGGCCAAUACGUGGGGAGAAUUAUACAAUGUGUACUCAAUUUAGUACAUUAAGAUAAAAUAAAAGCUGAACUUAAAAGAAAAAAUCGUAUAAUUAAACAGGGACCUAUGCACCCUUACGUUGAUAUUCUUAAAAUAGCCUUGCUAGGUUUGGUGCCCUAACAUCCAGUUCUCACUCCUGAAUAUUUACUUCCGUCUUUGUGGGUUCCAGUCCUCGCUCCUUCUUAUUCACUUCUGCGAGUCAUUCUGCGACGGUCCGAACAGGUGUUCACACUGUACCGAAGUAUGACACGUACAAAACCUAUCCGAUAUGUCACACUCCACUUUUGAGAUCGGCGCGGUCGCUCCGUCACAUAAUGAGGACUUUACGAUCCAACGACGCGACGGCAAUGAAAACGUCUCUUAAAAAGUGAAUUUGCGUUCUUUCAGUCUAUAUCGCAAUUAUUCCUGCCCACUUACUUUGUCAAAUGUAGGCGAACCCUUCUGGAGUUGAAUUCCUAGGCACCAUAUCCAAGUACAGUAAGAGAAAUAAAAUUUCUUCGUUGCUUGUUUACGUCCUCCGUAAAACGCGAGAUUAGGCAUGUUCACGUCCUAGUCGUGCAAAAAUGGGCAGAAAAAUAUACAAAAAAUCAUUGUGCACGUGCAAAGCUGUCGUUUUGCUAAUAUAACCUACUGAUUUUUUGUCGUUCUCGUUACCGUCCGCGUCGUUAGAUCUUAAAGUCCCGACUUCGUGUCGCAACAAUUGUUCAACUGUUGAUUACAGAGACGUUUUGGUGGGGUCCGUUAUUUUCAAAUUGUCAUAAUGGUACAUACAUAGGGUUUUAAAAUGACUUAAGACUCAACGUAAGAUGGACGGUGCAUAAUUUAUUCGUUUUCGACAGGAUCUGCGAGAAACCGGGAUAUAUUUAUCUUGUUAAUAGCCACUCUAACAACAACUUAACUUGGGAACACGCUUCAUCAAAAAAUGAUAAUGAACAGAAGCUGAAGACAGCAAUAAACUUGUUGUGACGUUUUCCAAAUUAACGAAAGAACCUCUUUUUGCUUUUUGCGUGAACGCGUAAUGAGAUCGAAAUUGCUUAACAAAUAGUAAUAUACUGAGAAGGUUAUAAUGAAAUUGUUAGAAGUAAUACAGAAGAGAGUUGGAACUGAACGGACAGCAGUUCAAUAAAGGAUGAAAUAAUUAAACUUUGUUUUCAACAAAUUAUAACUAAAUGACGGUUGCAUAAAAUUUAUCUGUUUAUGUUAGUUCUCUAGAGACGGGCUAAUUUAUUGCGAAAUAAAUGCACAAAAAGUUCAACUCUGAAAACAAAGCAGUGUAUUUAAAGAAAAGAACAUGGAUAUUAUCGGUAAGUUAUUCCGAGGAAAAAACUUAUAUAAUAACUACCUUUAGUGCCUCUUGCGAUAAGUUCUUUACUUGUUUCCUUUUUAUUCUAAGAUAGACUAAGAUAUAUAUAUCAUGUGGAGCAAACUUUUCAUGGGACAUGAGUUUUGGCACAUUUCCAGGAUUUCGUAAAGAUCUAUGACAUGAAUGCGAAAAAAAAAAACUAAAAAAUAAAAUAAAAUAAAAAGCCGCGAAAGCGUACUCCCCCAACCUGCACGUGACGACCCUGUUAAAGGAAUCUUUGCGGUAACUUUGCUAUCUUAGAAGCGUUAUGCCUACAUAUUGUAAUAGCGAUCCUUUUUGUCUUUAAAUGUCAUAGCACGAAGUAGGAACCUAAGCACCCUAUGUUGAUGUUCUUAAAAAUAUACUUGCCUAGUACCUAAGCCUCAUUAUUCAAAGAGGCUGAUACGUUUUGGGCCACGUGGUCUGUACUACAUACGCCACUAUCGAUAUAUCAAAAUUCAUUAUGAUAGUGAGUCCAGGGGGACACAAACAAAAAUAAAUAUUUACAAAUGAAUAAAUAAAUAAGGGAAUAAACAUGUUAGUCCUUUUUUGAAGCCUGUAAAACUCUCCGUGCAUCAUGUUGAAUUUUAUGAUAUUUGAAAGAGGAUAUUCAUUUAGUUUUUAAUAAGCUCGACGCAUAGCUGACAUUUUCAUCAGCGCAAAGGCAUGGCAUAAAGUCACUUAAAAAUGAUGAAUAACAAUCAGAUAAAAGCAACCAGAAAGUGGUUCUAAGGAAUAAAUCUAUAACAACUCAAAUUAAGAUCUAGGAAUAGUUGGUUUCUAAAAAAUCUGAAUGUUUUGCGUCUUACUGAACUUUUCCAUUGUUUACUUAACUAGUUAAUAUAAAUUGUCAUAUGUUUUGAAAGCUAUUUGUUACUUAAGUUUAGGAAUAACCUUAUGUAGGUUCCAAAACUAAUAUGUUUGAUAACCUCUGCCAAAUAAGCAAAUAAGUGUCACAUUGAUUAGGCUAUGAUCGACACUACCAAGCUGCUUGUAAUAUAUACGUGAAGUCUUGAAUUAAAAUUCAUGCUUACUGAAAAAAAGAAAACUAGUUGAGGAAAUAAAAGUAUCACUUGUUUAUCUUGAGUUCCCUUAAAAGCCAGAAAAAAGAUAUUCUAAAUCCUGUCCAUAAUCGGCAAAAGAAGCGAAAAGGAAACAGUGAAAUUGAAAUUACUACACAGAGUCAAAAAGUACACUUUUCGACUGUAAGCCUUAAUUUCGGUUGCUAUGUUUAAAAUUACUCGCCAGAUAAGAUAUUGUCCAUUGAUUCUUGUUGCAUGGGACAAACGACCGAAACGUAAAUCCCUUGAAAUUUUGUCUAUUUUUUAUCAUUAACGAUUGAAAAGAAUAAUUUGCGUCAGUUGCGAGUGAAAAAAAAAAAAAAAAAAAAGAAAGAAAAGAAAAGAAAAGAAAGAAAAAAAGAAAAGAAACAAACAAACAAACAAAAAGAAAGCAUGGUAAGUUCAUCGUUUACAUAUCAAGAGGCCAUCAAAUCUACAAUCCAUCAUAUUAGCUGCCAUAUAUGAGUACUUUUCGUUUUAUUUUCAAUGACAACAGAAACAGUAUAAAGGUAGUGAGCCCUAUAGGCAGAUUAAACCAACUGGAUCAAGUUAAUUCCUCAAAAUUCUUGAUAUUCAGGCAAAAUUAUUUUUAAGUUCGUAUAGCAAGCUUACUCCUUGUAGACUUUCUUUAAAACUUUUGUCUAUUUCUCGGCACGGAUUCACUGAUGUUAAUUUUUCCUGCAUAUACUCCUCAAAAAGUAGGUAACAUCUAUCCUGCGAUAUGUUUUAUGUAUUUCUGCACUUCUUCCUUUCAGUAUUAGUCAGAAGUUCAGCUUUUUGGUCUUCGGAUAACUGUGCACCCGUUAUUUUAAUUAGGUGAGAACGGAAUCAUAACUGGAUUUUGUUUUUUACUUACCGCCACCUACACUGGGUUACGAUCUUUUUAUACAACUGAAAAACAAAUAAAAGAGUAAAUAAAAAUAGAUAAAUAAAAUUUUCGUUGUUUAGGGCAAUUGAACAACUUUAUUAGUGAAGGAAACAUACUGGUCAUUAUAGUGAUGUAUUAAUUACCCUGGAAUUUAACUGAACAUCAAUGAAAAAUUAACAACGUGCUUUGUGCUUACUUCAAACGGAACAGCUGCACGCUAAAGGACCUAAGGUUACAAAUUUUUGGUGUUCAAGUCCAGUGACAGGCUAAAACAGUCACCAAGAGGUUCUCUGUGGACCUUUAGGGUAUUCAUUUAUUUGUUUUUAGUUUAUCUAUUUAUUUAUUAUUUUUCAUAUUUUUCUAGCACGAUCUCAGGUGACUUCAUUCAGUGUGUUUCAUUUCCCAAAUGGUCGUAGAAAUCCACUCCAAAGUUCUACUCUUUUGUUAAUUCUUAUUACUGUCACUAAGUGGUUGAUUUAAUUUACGUUUUCUUUUUCCUUCGUAAUUGAUAGUUACAUGCAUGUCAGAGAAAGCAACUGUGGCUGAUUUACUAUUUGGAACAACUGAAGGCCUGUUAUCCAUAUUGGAACCAGCUAUCCCUGAGAGGUACCUGUCAUGCUCUACAGAAAAGUGGUUCAGCUGGCAAGAACUAAUACGUUACCGACUUUGUAUUGAUUUCUUUAGAAAGAUUACAUGAUACAAUAUAUCCUUUCAAGCACUGCCUCAUUGAGAUAGAUAGUUUAUUCUGAUUAAAAUCGCAGCCAAAAGCUGAAUUAGAUUAAUCGUUACAAUAAUAAAAUCUAAUAAAAAUAUGAGAAAAAAUAUAAGAAAAAUGUACACAUAUGUAGCUAAAAUUUAAUUACAGUUGCUGUAUAUUAAUGUGUUCUUAAGUCUCUUCGUCUUAGCCAGAGGGACAUUAAAAUUCCUCUUUCGUCUUAAAUUGGAUUCACAAGUCUUACGAGGUGGCAAGAGCUCAUGCAGUUUAUGGUCUGAAUUACAAGUGAUGGAAUCAAAAAGUUUAGUUGUGAUAGACUGCCUGCGUCGAGAGAGCGUUUCCAAGUUGGCUUGAUGUAAUGGGUCGCUAUACGGUACAAACGGAAAAAAAUAAUUGUGUAGCUGUUCUAGCUCUGCGGAUAAAUAUGCGGGAAGCGCGUUGUGAAACACCGGGCAUGCGUAUUCCGUUACUGGGCGGAUACAGGUCAAGUAAAAGAUUAGCAGAUCUUUGGCGGGAAUAUUCGCUCUCUUCAGUUGUUUAUGAAAAUAUAAUGGACUCGCUACUUUUUUACUUAUUUCAGCAACAUGACAGCUCCACCGGAGGUCGGAUGAUAUAUUUAGACCUAACAACUUAACAGUAGACACUACCUCUGCUGCUUUUCCGUUGAUAACAAUGGGAGCAAAGUCCGUGGCUGAUUUAGCGAGCGAAAUCCGUAGUGCCUUACACUUUGACUCGUUUAGCUGGAACUUGUUUUGGUUAGACUUAGCGAUCAGUUCCUUCACAUCAGAUUGGAUACGGCUGUCUUCCUUCUUGUGAACACACUCUGCAAUAGUUGUGUCAUCCACGUAUUUCCACAGUUCCGUGUUACUAAUGUUGAUGUCAUCAAGCAUGAGAAUAAACAGCCACGGCCCGAGCUUGGUUCCCUGAGGCACCCCUGCCGGUACGUUCCUCCAUUCAGACAAGCAAAAGGAAAGGUUUACUUUAGGAUUAUUGUUUUCAGUUGGUUGCUGGCAUUGGCUCUAGUCUAGUUUGUGUUUGCUUUUCUUUUAUUGCGUGUUUCGAUUGUAUUCCCAUACGUAUGCAUCUUUCGUUUUUAUCACCCUUCUAAUUCUCGCAGUCUCUUAUGUUAGGAUUAUUCUAAACGUCAACUGAAAUAUCCUCCCUCGGCAUAGCACUUUGGCUCGUUACUUUUGGGAGAGCGAAAACUAUCGCUAACAUUAUUUAUAAUGACCGUGGCCUCGUUUCUGACCAUUCUUUCUGCCGUUAUUUGGGAUGCCAUAAUUGCAGACCACUUGUGGCAGGAUGAAGUUUCUUCAGCGAUAGCUUAUCGUAUCUCUUAUACGUUUGGCGCAUUGUAUUUAUUCAAUCCUAUCUUGAAUCCCUUAUUUAUGCUAUAAGAAUGCAGGAGUUCAGGAGAGCAGCUAAGAAACUUAUUUGUAAGAAGAAAUCAGAAUCAAUUAAUAUCGAACCUGUUGAAAGUCUUGCGAUGUAGCAGUCUGUCCUUCACUCACGAUCCUGUCCAUCUAUUAGACAAGUUAGCCACUUUUGAGCAUCUUAUUCUCGUUAGAAUGUCUGUCUUUUGUUUAGUUUUUCUUCCAGCGAAAUCCGCUGCGCUCACUUGAGUCCCCACAAUCCAAUGGCUGUCAGUGUAUUGCUCCAUGUCAGGUACUCCGGAUUCCCAUCCGUAAUCGGAGAAACCUUUGCUCGUGGAAUCCAGAAUCUGGGAAUUUUUUCUCGGAUUUUUGCUCGUGGAAUUCCAAUUCGAGGGUUUUGGAAUCUGUCAUCCAGCUUGAAUUAUCAGGGAUCCUGCAAACGAUUGGAAUCCGGAAUCCAAAUUCCACUGACAAGGAAUCCGGACUUCCAUUGUCUGGAAUUCGGAAGCGACACCGACCACAGUGGGGAAUCGAGAAUCCUGGACUGGGUUGGAUUACCUCGCAUGGGACUGGCUGACCCAGAUGAAUCAGGGGAAACCAACGAAGGUUUCCUCCUAAAUACACUGAAAACUCAUCUUAGGAUAUUCAGGGUCAGGGUACUUUUAGAUCUCUAGGAAUAUAUUAUAAACGGCGCUAAAAAAUUCGUAUCUGCUCGGUCCGACAUCCUGAGGGGAACUUGAGUCUUUUUCGAAAUCACAAGGGCUUCAGUAUUAUUUUCCCGAAAACUUAGUUGCAAUUUUCGACAUAUUACGAAAGUGAGAAUUUUUCUUAUUCCUCUCUCCAUCACGUUUUUGAAUCUGAAAAUUUCAGGUUUCCUUUCUUCUAUGAAAAAUAGCGUAAACUGGGAAAUGAAGUGUGAAAAAUGAAACUGCGGAAAAUCGUAAAGAAUUUUUUACAUUUUAGCUUCCAAGAUUGUAUAUAAAUGGAAGGGUCAACUAGAAUGUUUUAGCUGUCUUCAAGUAACAGAAAAUGCUAGGCAAUAUUUGCUUCUCUAGAUAAAUUACAGUAAACAGUCGUUGGGUGCCCCGAUACAUAAGAUUGUAGAUGAAGGCACUUUUGGUAUUAUGGGUCAAACCCUCCAUAAGCGACCAACCAAAGUGCGAAGACUUCGUGGUGGUCGCUUUUCUAAGUAGAGGUCCCGAAACACCUACUUGGAAAUGAGUUCAUUGAGUGCAAUUGCAAGUUGUAGUUCCAUGAGACAAAAGGUUAAUAGAUCAGUUGGUCGCUUACAAGAGGUGGUCAUUUACGUGAGAGUCCCGAGUUUUUAUAGUGGAGAGAGGCGACGACCAGAAAUACGUCUGCGUUUGCGGGCUAUAAAGGUAAUUCAGUGGAAAAAUUUGGGGGUUUUAGGAUAGGGAGUCACUUAUACAAAGCGGUCACUUACAAUUUUGUGAUACAUAUUUUUAAAGGUAGUCCUUACUUCCAAGUCUCUUCCGGAACUGAAAUCCGUUGAUCAAUUUAGUUCGGCGUAUGUAAAAAUCAUAAACAAUUAGUACAUAUAAAUACAUAAAUUGUACUCUCACUGCAUGACAGGCCUCAGGUCAUAGAACUUACUUUAAAUUGACUCGAACUUACUGCAUCCCACAUCAUUGUCGUGUUGAGGAAUAGAACUCCGUGACAAGGCCCCUUUGGAGGAUUACAGACGUUAUUACACAUUCAACUCACUAUCACUUUUCUGAUCGGCCGAAAGCGUACAGUGAAUUUUCGAAAUCAGCGCCUGGGACGUCUUCUAGCUGCAGCUUAUACAAUAAUCAUGUCAAGGUGAUGUCAUGUAAGACCGUGCUGCAUGAUUUCUUUGGGUAAUCAUGUCAAGUUCGCGCGCUUUGUGUUGCUUGCCGUCAGAGCAAGGUCAAGCUAAAGUACAACACAAACCGCCGAUACUCGAUGAUGAACUGAAAAAACUCAUUGUACGAAAGCGGUGUUUUCAAUUCAGACCACCCCAAGACGCUUCUGAACAAAAUGUUCUUCGAAAUCAUGCUGUAUUUUUGCAGACGUGGUCGUCAAAAUCUACGUCAAUUCAGAAAACAGCCGACUUCGAAGUCCACACUGAUGCAACAGGAGCCAAAUAUGUGUCAAAAGUCCGCGAAAAGUAAACUAAAAAUAACAGAGAAGAGGUUUAUGUAUGCUACUGAAGGCGUGUGGUGCCCUGUCGCUUCUUUCGAGAAAUAUUUACAGUAUCUAAACCCUAAAAAACGAGUUCUUAUUUCAACGACCCAAGAAAGAGGUGAGCUCAGAAGCCAUAGUCUGGUACGACAACAUGGUAGUUAGCGAGCGCCCGUUGGGCGACAUAUUGAGGCGAAUAUCAAAGGAGGCAAACCUGUCACGUAUUCAUACAAACCAUUCCAUCCGAGCUACAACCGUAACAAUUCUCGAUAAAUCAGGGUUUAAUUGAAGCUCGUCACGUAAUGACUGUCAGCGGGCACAGAAAUGAAAGUUCAACCAGGGCCGACAGCAAAACCGAUCAAACCGCCAACAGGAGAAUGUGAGAAACGUUAACUGCUGCCGGAGCUGGCAACUCUGCUCCCGAUGAAGACUCUGUGAGGUUAGAAAACCUUACAGCUGAAAAUAUAAAUUUGUCUACUCUUUUAACUCUCUCACAGGAAGAGCAUGUUAUGCGACAUUUACACUUUCAGACAACUCACUCCCAAGUUUCCAAAAAUGUCGCUUUUUACAAUUGUAAUGUUUUUUUUCAGUUAAGACUCAAUAUUUAUUGGUAUUUUCUUUCUCAACCAGCUUUUAUUCAAUUUUUCACAUAUUGUCUAAUGCUUAGACUUUUCGUCAAUCGAAUUAUGUGCCGCCGAUUUGUAAAUUUUUACACGUUUAGAAAUAAAUUAUCAGUUCGAAUUACUGUCGUGACCAUGUUUUUUACGUUCAAUGUAUAAUAAAACAAUUAUCGGUAAGAGUUAUCAGCCUCAGCCUCAGCCUUCGGCCUUCGGCUUCGGCAGAUAACCCCUACCUCGACCUUGAUUAUUCUGAAUAUCACAAAAACCUCAUGCAAUAAUUGUUUAGAACUGCCUUUAUUGUGUCUGUGGAACAUUUUGAGAAGCACUUCAAAGAAAAUCAGUAGUGUGUAUUUUUAGUCGAUAAAAAGAAAACUCUAUGUCAGAGUAAAAAUUACAAUAAAGUAAACAACAACUUAAGUAUUGUUUGUUUGUUUGUAUUUGUGGGUGAGGGGUGGGGGGGGGGGGGCUGGGCUGCUUUUAUGAUACAGGGAUGACUUUAUGGACAUGAAAUGAACUCUUUUCAGAAUAAAAGUCAUUCCGGUAUCAUGGGAAUAGCCCCUUUCUUGCUGUUACUGCGGAUGAUGAUGUUAUUUUGUUUUUUUUGUUUUACGAACGAAGCCAUGGCAGCCCAUGUCUUAAGAUAUUUGCCACGUGAUUAUCGACGACUCACGUGGCUGAAUGUCGCCGGAGCCUGACAUUGUGGACCUUAGGGACGGUGCCCACUAUUGUUACUGCGCACAUUUUCUGCGCAUGUCAAGGUAAAUGCGCGCGACGCGAAAGAAAUGCGCAACACGCAGGACACGCGGACUGGUUUUGUCUCCUGUAAGUCUGGGAGGUUCUAGUUAUUUCUUGUGGAAAGAAUGCGCCGUUUUUCAACAGAUGCAAAAUAAUUUCUAUUUACGUUGUCAAUUCUUUGAAAAUUAUGCGCAUGUUGCUAUUUCUGCCGUAUGAUCGAUCUGACCGAACAUUUUAUAGUCAAACAAAAGUCAAUUCUAAAACAUCAAAAGUUACUGCUUGAAGAUGUUACGCUUAGAGCUUGGGUAUUAAAAAAUCCCUUAAAAGGCAAGGACCAGUAAAUCAGAAGGAAGCUCUAAGUCCUCCGCUUGAUCGAGAAACUGCAAGCUUACCUUUCACUCGCGUCCUUCGCGUUUUAUCAGCUAAUCGGCUCAAAACACUUUCCCGAAUAUUUCUUUAAUUUUGUAAGAUUUUAUGUCCUGUAAUGUCCUGCUUCACUUUCUGUUUUUGCUCUGUUCCGUGGAUUGUUGUUCUCUCUGACUGUUAGCCAUUUUGGAUAUCCCAGAGCACUUCGCGUUGAGUGAAGCAAUAGUGAAAACUGACAGGGGAGGGAUGGGAAAAAAUGUAAAUAACCCCCGAAGGCAUUAAGUUAAGGUCGAAACCAACCAAUUUAACCUCUAAAAAUGCGUGGUAACCCCUACUUCUUAUCUUACCAAAUGAAAGUAAUAUGCCUACUCAUGAUCAGCAAACGACCAAUUUUUGGUUCGGCGAAAGUGUCGUUUACACUAUUUUUAAGGCAAAGGCGUGGAGAGGGGCAACUGCUGAUAACUUGCCAGUUGUGCUGUUAUUUAAAAAAAAAAAGACUACAGUCUGAAAUUUGGGGAAAAAAUAACUUUUUAUCAUUUUUCUAAAAAAAUGCCUAUUCAGCGUUUUUCUCCAUAUUGAAGCGCAGUUAUCUCUGAAAAAAUGCGUGGUUACCCCCAGUUUUCUUUUUGGAUUUCAAUAGCCACUGAUAUGAUCUACUUGUCUCACAUACAUCGUCAUUAACUGGGAAAAAAUACUUCCCAUUAGUGGGCACCGUCCUCAACGGGGUAUUCGGGGCCAAAUACGGGGGACUUACCGAGCCCCCAUAGGGUUUGACUAAAGAACUAAAACCCGCAAUCCGGAACCGAGGCCCAAGCGGAAUGACUCUGAAGUUUAGUGAUAAGGGUCAGGAAACUGGUGCAACCUGAACUGAAACUUGAUUCACUCAGUCUCCUAACCCAAAUCACUAAAACUUCAUAGUCAUUUGGCGUUCGGCGUGUUUUUUUUUUUUUUUUUUUUUUUUUUUCCGGACCCCGGGUUUUAGGUAAACCCGGCCCUGCAAACUUAGGGGGACUUUCGAGAAACGGGCCCCAGGUCUCUCUGCUUUGAAGCAGUUGUAGAGUUGGACAGUAACUCAUUUCCACCCCUCCCCGCUCUUUUACUUGCACCAUUUUUCGCGGAGUCUUUGACUCUCGUUCCUCGUUCCUUGUUCAUAAACCACACGGAAACGCUUGCUACACAGGCUACAAAAUAAUAAUAAUAUAAUAGAUUAAAAUGAAAAUAAAAAUAGAGAAAAGCGUACCGUGAUAUUUUGCGAUUUUGUCUUAGUUUUAUUUUCGUAAAUCCCGUGCAGAGGGCAUUUGUCACAAAUCAAUAAAACAUGUAUAUUUCAAAGCAAGAUUGUAAACUUACAACUGCCCUACAUAGAACCUUAUGAAAAGACAAAACAUAACUACUUGCUGUGUAUGCUGUCUAUGCAAUGUAUAUAUACUGUUCAGUGCUUAAAACGCAACUUGAGAAGUUCAGUAAGUGUGCACAGUACAAAAAACACCUGGACUCAUAACAUUUUUAAAAUUCUUAUUGUCUUGUUUUCGAAAAUGGUAUUAAUAUUCGCAUGCUUGAAUUUCGCGCAAUCUUUUGUUUACGUGUUAAUGGCGAAAAUCGCGAAUUUAAUACAAUCUAUACACCCCAGUUUGCUUUUUUGUAGCAUUCCGCUGAAAAAAUAAUUGUAAAACCACGCUGCACGCUCUGUUUUCUGCCGCUUUCGAUGUCCUUUGCAAACAACAAAUUAUUCCAGUUCCAGUUUUCUGAUUCCUGGUGCGCAAAUCGCCCGUGUUAAUGGACGAAUGCAAACUAGCUCUUUGUAGCAGGAAACGCAAAUUUUCCACAAAUUUAUUUAGAUAACACUUCUCACUUUCAAAAAAUUUGUCAUUGUGUUACACGCGCACAGAAAGUCGCUUCAGCGACCCAUGGGGAAAGCCCCCGUUCGAUAUACAUGUAUGAAAAUUCUAUCAUCACUUCGAGGCUUUCUGGUCAUUUUUCUACAUUUGGUUUGAUAUUCUUUGUGUUCAAAUCUCUUCUGGGAAUUGCGAGACAAUGGAGUGGGUGAAAAUUUGCAAUUUUGACCCUAAAGCCUUGGAGUCAUGUUAGAAUUUUAAUAUAUCGAACGUAGGCUAUUGUCAGUUAUCAUAUAAAACAUAAGGACACGUUAAUUAGAGAACACGUGACGGGAAAUGGAACAUAUGGACGACAUAAGGUCAUUGUGUUGUCUCCAAAAGCAAUCAAAUUGCCUUGAUCUAUUUAGAUUAAUUGUUGUUUCUUGGUAAACGUAUGUAAUGCUGGGCUGUCAUUGAAUUAAAUUGUGUCAGUCUUACCCUAAAAAGGAAGAGUAAUCAUUCAUGUUUGCCUUAAGUUGCAUGCAUAAAUUUCACCUGCUUAUCUGUUCUCCAUGCAAGGUUCUUAAUCUAAGGCGAAGUGCCAGUAAACACGAGAGCUCCUCACAAAACUGUUCAUAAAAGGAAGGAAGAAGGUUAAUGUGAGUAAGUAUACCAAAACGAAAAAGUUUAAUCAAAAGCGAAAUGGCUGCAGUGACUAAUUAUGUGCAUGUUUGGGAUGAUCAUUCGUGUUUUUCCAUAACUAAGGGAUACUUCUCAAGCGAUGGGUAUUCAGUAGAAGGACCUAAUUCAUAGCUGUCAUAUGUUGAUAACUCAGACAUUUAUUAAUCUCUAAAAAAGUCAUCCAGACCCACUGUCGAUUAUGACACGUGUUAUUCUCUCAGGUUAUUAGAAGGCACAAGAAUAUUUUUGUUAGAGCUCAGUUACCAAAUAAGGAUUAAUGCAGAAUUAUUCGUCUACAAAGCGAAAUUUUCUGAUGUACUUUUAUCAAAUAUGUUGAACUUUUUUCCAUGUCGAUGCUAUUCGAUUAUACGAUUAGCUAGCCUUAUAUUUAAAUAUUUCUAAGCUGUAUUAAAUGUUUUAAAAACGUUUUAUCCGUUUUUCAGCAAGCGAAAUUGAUUAAGAGGAUUUUCUGCGAAGUUACUUGAAAAGCACCUGUUAGCUGUGGAAUUGACGCCUGUUCAGACUGUUUAUGCCAAAGGUAUCUAUGACAACCACUUACCUACGGUAGUAUUAGAUCAUUCUAAAGAAUAGGUUCUCGUACCUGUUAGAGAGCGUUCAUUGUGGGUAAGGACUAUGAGGAUUUUUCAGUUUGGAAAAACAUUUUAAGGGUGGCCCCUAAUUUACUCCCUCCCCCCCCCCAAAAUAGACUUUCAUUGGAUAUAAUCUAGCGCAGCCCUCCCCACCCUUCUCUACUCAAAAAUCUUGUACACCAGAAAGUUGUAUUCACGACUCAAAGUGUCUCGUGCUUUGAGUUUUUGAGUUUUUGUGCGUACAAUUUUUUUCUGUUGUUUUUGUCGAGGAUAUCGUAAAGCGCAAAAUUUUUAUAGAUUUUUUUUUUUUUUUUUUUUUAAGAUCCAUGAAAACAAAGACUGUAUGUGUGAAACCUCGCUACGCAACUAAGUAAAGACUUUGUCAAGGAGUCUUAAUUUGUGGUAACUAUGUCAUCUUUGACGGGUUAUGCCUAGUAGAUAAUCUUUUUCUUCUCUUUGUCUACGAGUACGAAUUUCUAUGUAUAUUUCCAGAACUCCCUCAUUUGCUCUUGUUGAUUAACACAAAACGUACAGAAGCCAACUAGGAUAGGUGGGAUUUGUUUUUUAUCACAUUCUGUAGCCGUUGCUGCAUGGAGUGGGAUACAGCAUGUAGAGCCACAGUACUAUUUUAACCUUUUUUCACCUGGUGCGCAGGAGCCACUUCCACCAUCCAAACAAUAUUUUUUUUAGAUUAGGCAGCUGAAAAAAAAUUAUAUUUUGGGCAUUCAUCAAAAAAACAGUCAUCAUCAUCCCGGCCCCUUUCUUCAGUAAAAAAGGCUUUUUUACCUCGUUACAAAUUUCAGACGAGAUGAUCGUUGCUUGUCGGACUAAGCAGAGUUUUUUUGCCCUCUCAGGGGCCUCUAACCUUCGCUUUUCAUGAACCUGCUCCAGACUUGGUUUGCUAACUGUUGUGAGACCUACCUUGUCGAGUUUCCUCUUUUGUAUCUAGCCUUCUUCAAAACUAUUUUAGCUGCUUUAUUCAGGACUUUCUGUCUUCCCCCUAAUUUCUUGUCUUCAAAAACCUUCAUUUUUCGAUGACCAUUUUACCUGCCAACAUUAAGAUUUUUCCAGUUUUUUAGCAGUUUUUUCAGCUGAUAAGCCAGUAAAUCGAAGUACACAUGCUUAUGCUCUCAAGUAGCUGAACAUUUUUGCAUUAAGAGGGUUUAUCCUUCAUGAUAAUCACAAAAAAACUAGGAAGGAGUUCCAGCAAUUCGGGCUACAAAAUACAAAAAUAUAUGUGGCGGCAAAUAUACUCGCGCACGCGCACGCGCACCUUUGGCGCGGAACUACACAAAUCGAAAAUUAAAGUCAAAAGAUGGCACGACAAGUAUAAAAUAUUGAAUUAUGUUAAAAGACACAACUUUCUCUUAAACUACUUGCUUACAAAGUCCAAUCGUACUGAAUUACAGACUUAUAGAGUAGAGGAACAAACUUUUGGAACAUCCUGUAUAACCGCGCUGUAAGUACUGCAAUCUUGCUUUUGUGUACCGUUUAUUCGACAUUUUUGUUCUGUUUGUAGUUUUGUUUUCCAUUUUUGCUGUCUGAAUCUAGAUUCUACCGUUUUUCAUUGAACUUUGCCUCGCUAGUUUUCUACUUAUCAGAAAAGGUUGUUGUCAAUGAUUGCAGAUUUUUGCUUUGAAUCUCAAAAAAAAAAACAAAAAAAAAAACACGAAUCACUUUUACAGCUGUCGGUUAUCGCCGUUUUCAAUUCUUUGUAAAUGUAUUUGUUAUUCACAUCGCCUUCUUUUAUUCGAAUUCAAACCCUUAACAUUGGUAUGUGUACUUGGCUCUUUUUAUACAGCUUUUGUGCAGUUUUCCUCUCGCUCGAUUGAACUAAUCUUUACAAAGUAAUUAUUCAGCUGAAGAAAAUCUUUGCGGUAUUUUUUUCCCCUGGGAUUUUAAUAUCAAGCUCAUCAAUCUUUUUAUCCUUGUUUGACACUCAGAUUAUGAAUUGUCUACCACGACACAAAAACCUUUCUUUAUUCUAAAAGAGAGCUUAAUUAUAUUAAUAUAAAUUAGCGAGCUAAAAAUCAUGUUGUAAUGUGUUGUUUUGGUUUGCAAUCGAUCACGCGCUUCAUCAACACGAACGCGUCAUACUUCAAUAAACAUGUAGGUUGGAGGCUAAAGUAAAAUUUUCCUGAAACUCUUAAAUCUCAGUAGGACAAAAAUAGAAAUGCUUUUCACCGGCCUAGGUACGUCGGUCCGUAUUGGGAGAAACUGUGCCCUCUGUCUGCUGAGUACGGCCCGAGGCCGUACUCAAGACCUCGGGCACAGUUUUUCCCAAUACGGACCUCCCAGCCGGUGAAUAACACAUCUAUAUUUAAGUACGGCGGUGAGGGAAUGUGAAUGAAAACGAUGCGAUGGUGAAUGACAAAUUAUUUUUAAGACUCAAAAUUGGGUUACAAAAAAAGUAAUGUCGCAUGCCUAAAGUCUCACGAGGUUUUAGUUUUACUGGAAUCAUGUACCUUGCUCUGAGGUAGCUCGUUUCCAUAUUCUUAACUUCCGCUUGAUUGGGCUGUAGCGCCAACAUGGCCAUUACGUGAGGAAAAUUUUACAAUGUUUACUCAAUCUAGCGUAUAAAGAUAAAAUAAAACUGAACUGAAAAGAAAAGAAAAGAAAAAUCAUAUAACAAAAUAGGAACCUAUGCACCCUGUUUGGUACACUAAAUUCCAGUCCUCCGUGUUAAAUAUUAGAGAGGUUAAACGUCUAACGGGCAAACGCGAAUUUGUGCCUGGUGACGAAGUUUCCCCUACACUUGUCGUUUACUGCUCAUUACUUCUACACAUAAAUUAGCAGUUUCAUGCAAUUUCUUAUGCAUACGAUAUGUUUUGAUCUGUUUUGAUCUGCUCAUUUUCUAUUUUGAGAAAUUCUCAACUUGAAUCUGACGUUUGUCGUUUGCCACAUACUUGAAGCUUAAACUCUCUCUAUCUACUUCCGUCUCAGUGGGUUCCAGUCCUCGCUCCUACUUAUUUAUUUCCGCGACGGGCACACUGCACCAAAGUAUGGCACAAAACCUGUUUGAUAUCAAUGACUUUUUUUUUGAGAUCGGCGUAGUGCAGCUGCGCUCCGUCGCAGAAAUCGCUCGUUACCACAACCGUUCAACUGUUGUUCUAAGAGACGUAUUGGUGGGUACUGGUAUUAGUUAAAUAAUUUUCAAAUUGUCAUAAUGCUCGCUCUCCAGUCUACAUACAAGGGUUUUAAAAUGAGGAAAAGCAGGCGUAAUAUAAGAUAGCCGGGUACAUAAUUUAUUCGUUUACGACAAAUUUCCUUUUCAUUUUUGUAUUAUAUUUUUUUCAUUUGGUUUCGACUCCGUCUUAUUUUUUAUAAAGUUGUGAUAGGUUCUAUGCCUGGGUUACUUUCACUAUGGUUCUGCACUGUCCUAUAUCUGCAACAUAGCGGAGAAACCAGGAUAUAUUCCUUUUAUUCAAAUAGCCACUCAUGAUAACAUCUUAAGUUGGAAUUUCGCUUCAUUAAAAGAAUGAUAAUUAACAGAAGGUGAAGACAGCAAUAAAAUUGUUGUGACAUUUGUUAAAUUAACGAAAGAAUGAGAGCGAAAUUGCUGUUUAACAAAUAGUGAUAUACAUAACUGAAAAGGCUAGGUUAUAAUGAAAAUUAUUUGAAAUUAAAUGCAGAGUGUAGAGAGCUGGAACUGAACGGACAGCAGUUCAAUAAAGGAUGAAAUAUUAAUUAAACUUUGUUUUCAACAAAUUAUAACCAAAUGACGGUUGCAUAAAAUUCACCUGUUUAUGUUAGUUCUCUAGAGACGGGCUAAUUUACUGCGAAAUAAAUGCAAAAAGUUCAACUCUGACAACAAAGCAGUGUAUUGAAAAAAAGAACAUGGAUAUUAUCGGUAAGUUACUGCAAGGAAAAAAAACUUAUAUCACUACCUUAAUUGCCUCUUGCGAUGAGUUCUUUACUUGUUUUCUUUUUUUUUUUUGAUGGUCCAAGGUAUAUAUUAUGUGCAGCAAAUUUUCGUGGAAAAUGGUUUUUGGUGUAUUUCGAGGAUUUUCCAAAGAUCCUUGACAUGAAAUGGAAAUAAAUAAAUGAAUAAAUAAAUAAAUAGGUAAAUAACUUAAAAAAGCUGUAAAAAACCUCACAUCCCACUGACUACGUGACGACUCUGUUUAAGGAGUCUUUGCGGUAACUGUGUUAUAUUUAUACAAGCGUUAGCCCUAAUGAUUAGCAACCUUUAGUCUCUUUGACUUUGAGUACGACUUCAAAAAAGCAUCAUUCUGUUUAUAUUCCCAGAGCGUGCUCGGUUUUCUGCUGUUGAUUAACACAAAAAGAACAAAAACCAAAAAGGAUCAGUGCGAAUUGCAAGGCCAAAAGAGGUGGUGUACCAGAAAAGUGAUUUUCAAAAGCACAAAUGAGCUACGUUUGAAAAGUCAUGCCCAUACUUGUAUUCUCGUGAACGUAGUCUGAUCUGAAGUUUGUUAUUAGUAACCUGAAGCUUACAAGCCUUGAAACGUUUCUGGCAUAAAGUGUUACAGUAAGGUUUUGGUUGGACGGAUGAACGAAUGGCAAAGAAGAUAACGCCGCCGUAACUAUGAACUCCAUAUCGAUGAUUUAUGACAAACGGAAAAUAUGACUUAAGAUAACAUCCCCUAUGAAUAGCUAGACCACUUAAGAAUCGUACCUUAAAUGUUGCCAACGUAUUUUUACUUUUCGUUGUUGUCAUUCAUAUGGAAUCCAAGAGUUUCAAAAAUUUGUUGUCGAGAGGCAAACCCUUAAUGCGCGAAAUGAACUUCCUCUUAAUUUUCACGCUUCAAGGUAUUCCUCAGUUGCUUACUUAUAAUUUUCCGGUAAAAGUGACUCCAAACUAGCACAAUUAAACCUUCUCAUGGAUGUUACCAACAUCCGUGUGCCACUGAUCAACCUGAAGCAGGAAUUAUAUAUGAAUAGUCAAAAGCUGGGAUCAAUAGAAAAUUCUAUCGAUCGUUUAUUACGCCAAGAAAAACGAAAAAAAAAAAAAAAGCUUUUGUUAUUAAUUCGCUUCAGUUUCGGAAAAAAGUCUCUUUAUUUGACCUGAUGUAUUACUUACUAUAGAUAAGGGAAUCCCAUUUAGCGAUACACCAAUGCAAGAUUAACUUUUCUUUUGUUUUUGAAUAUUCUCCUUUUGAUGAAAAUAUACCUGCUUUUUUGCUUUGCUAGGAGUACUCAGUAAAACACAUGUUAACACCAUUUAUGGGCCAAUUGAGACGUCGUCGUUUUAUUGUUUUUUAAUUAUUUUAUCUUAUUUUUCUUUCUGCCUUACAUUAAUCUUUUUUUUGACUGCUUUUCACUUAACUUGCUAUUUUGUUUGUAUUCCUGUUCAAGGCAAAUUUCCUGAAGAAAGGAAGGAUAGCCACGGUAACUGUAACGCUUAGUGAUUAUGCAAGAAUGCUGGAGAGUUUUUAAUGCGACUGGCAGACUUUUUUCUGAAAAAGAAGAAAGAUUCUGGAAUGCAGCUUUCGUCAUUGAGAUUAUUGUCGUCUUUUUACUGAACGCUUUCACACUCGCUAUCUACACAAGAACCCGUCACCUGCGCAAGUGCAGUACAUUCCUGAUUAUAAAUCUUACUGUGACUGAUUUACUGGUGGGAACAGUGGCCGGACUUUUACCAAUACUAGAACCAGAUAACCAUAACAGGGACCUGGAACAGGCUUUCAGCUGGCAAUCAUUCGUGUAUUUCACAUUGACACAUCUAAUUCCAGUUGCUCAAUUAGCUAAUAUUUCACUGAUCUCGUUAGAGAGGUUACACGCAACACUUUUCCCCUUCAGGCAUUGUCUUGUUGGAAAACGUGUUUACCUCACGAUUAUUUUGUGCAGUUGGCCGUUCGCAUUAACUUUGUCAUCUGUGACCGCUCUUCUUUAUUUGCGCCCAUCGCCAGCGUUUCUGUAUGUAUUUGCACCUUACACUUUCCUUAUUGUUGUCAUUCUCACACUUUCAAAUGCUAUAAUCAUCUCAACUGUAAAAAACAAUCCUCUCUCCCCUAAUGCUGGACCAGCGCUUUCAAAAGAAAGGAAACUAACGGUGACCUUAUUAAUAGUUACUGUGGUUUCUAUUCUGACCAUUCUUCCUUGGGUUAUUUGGACUGUUAUCCUCCACCGCAUAACUGUAAGGAGUAAACUAUGUCCUGCAGCCUUUUACCGCAUCACUAAGUCGCUUUUUGCACUGUAUCUUUUCAAUUCGAUAGUCAAUCCCCUAAUAUAUGCAGUAAGAAUGCAAGAGUUUAGG